AUGGCUCAACACUCGAAUUUCGGGAACCUCCCUGGCUUCGGGCGUCCUCUGGAUUGGAAUGACAAUGCAGAGUUAUCCCCGACGACACCAAACUCCUUUUUGAUGCGGUUGAUCACUUUGUGUGAAAUGACGAUGCUGGCCUUUAUGAACCAGCUGACAGACAAGCCUGGCUGGGACAAAAAGGUUUUCGAUUCUACCAUUACUGAAAAAUGGAAGGAAGAGGUGCUAUCACAAGCUCAACCCGCAUCUUCCAACGCAUUGGUACCUCCUGAUGCCAGCGAAGUCAUGACGGAGAAGCUGGUAGAUUGGUGUAUCGCGGAACUGCAAUUCAAAGCAAAAGCUUUCCAAGAAAAUGGAGGGCUCGUUUCCAUCUACAACAGCGAUGUCGUCAAAUUGGAUACCGCGAUCCCGUCCGAAGUUCAAGUGUCAUUGCACACAGCCGUGGUGCCCCUAGAAGACAUACCCGACCGUCUCAAAGACUGGCAUCCAGGUUCAGAUGACCUUGACCUUGACCUUGACCAUCCCAGCUUGUUUCCGCUUGUGUACGGUUGUACCAGGGUUUUGAAGGAUGGCGUGACCACUUUGGACGACUGCAUCGAGUGA